AGAGAGAGAGAGAGAGAGACGAACCAGCUCGAAUGAAGCCCAGCGCUCCUUUCAGCGUACGCGAUUCGCAGGUACGAACUCGCUCUUCAUCUUCACCGUCGAAGUCUGCAACCUCGGAUGCCAAUUGCCAUGUUCUUCAGAUGCUAACCCCGCAUUCGGGUUCCCAGAUUUCGGCUUCUUCCUGCUCGCCCUCGCUCCUCUCCGAGCCUCCCGAUGUUAGGAGAUGGUUCUCUAGCUACGUGUACGAGUCGCCUUCGCUGGGUACGAGCGAGGGGUUUCUGGGUUCUGUUCUCGACGAGAGCGAGCGCGAGAAUAAUGGGUGCGUUGUUGACGAUGGCAAAAUAGGAGGAGGAGGAGGAGGAGGAGAAGCGACUUCGCGAGGUUCGAAUUGCAUCAGAGGCAGAGGCAGAGGCAGAGACCGAUUGGGCGCUCAUGAGUUUGCCGGUAAUUUUGGGAGCAAUGAGCUUGUAGAAGAGUCUCCAACAGAGGUUCCAGAUUCCUUGGAGUCAUCUUUGCAAAUUUCAGAACCUCCUGAUGUCGGAGAAUGGUUUUCAAGCUAUGUGUAUGAGUCACCUGAGUUGAGCGAAUGCAGCAGAGAAUUUGUCUCCGGAGAAAGCGAAUGCAAGAAAGAAGGGCCUUUUACUGGCGAGAGCAAGAAAGAGCAUGGAAAUUCAGGGGAAGUAACCAGAGUGAAAGAUGGUGAUGCUGCUGGUGCCCUUGAGGUACCACACGCCAAUGGGCUUGUGUGUAAUGGUGGUGGCUCAUUCAUAAAUCAUGAUCGUGACAAUCAAACUCCGACCAAGAUAGCAGAUUCUAUGACCCCAUCUUUGCCACUCUCUGAGCCUCCUGACAUAACAAAUUGGUUCUCAAGCUAUGUCUACGAAUCUCCAGAAUUGAGCACCUUCCCAGGAUCUCCUGUUGAGGACAAUGGUGAUGUGAAAGAUGAUUUGAUUCUUAAAAAUGUUAUUGGAGAAAAAGAAGACAAUCAGCAUAACUUGUCAGGUAAGAGAAUAGCUGGUGGCACGGGGAUCAAUGAACGGUUGAACUCUGUCCUCGGUAGCAGCUCUCAUGAAGAUCUUGAGCAUGAAUAUCAGCACACUCUGGAUGAGGUUGGCAGUACAUCUAAAGGGGACAAACAUCUUUUACCUCAGAUUCCUUGCCCUAAAAUUACUGAUGGAAGGAUGGAAUUUAAAGCUUUGCUAAACAAUGACUGGGAUUGUAAAAAUAAGAGGCCAAAGCAACUUCAUUCUGAAGAAGCCAUCCUUUUUCACUCCAAUAUCAACGAGAACUCAAGCAAUGGUAAAAGAAAAGCUUGUAGAGAGUUGAUUGGUAGAUUUGAAGAGGGCUCGGGACUGAAGGCCCAGAAUAGGGAAGUUGCUCACACACUGCUUGAUGGCGAUUUGGGCUUAUCUCCAGUCAAUCAAACUUCAACAAGAAGAUCAACUCACGGAGGUCAUGACAAAGAAAACAAUCGAAGAGAUAAUGACAGCACUAGUUUUGUUUCCAUAAGGAGGAAGGAAGCUACAAGUGCAAGUGAUGAAUUGACGAGGCCACGGAGGGCUUUGCACCAGUGCUCACAUGCUAAAGGAAAUGUUUUGUCAGCUGCUAUAGAGGAUGAAGCCAAGAUGAAACCAUUAUCAGAAAUAACUAAUUUCCAGAGCAGUUUUGAUGUGCAGGAGUCUGCUGGGAAAUGGAAGUGUCCUCAGAAAAGAAAACCCAUUCUUGGACCUCCAAUGAAGCAGCUAAGACUAGAACGAUGGAUCAAUAGGAUCUGAACACAGUGUUCAUAAAGUGGCAAAGAGAUAUGAAAUUAAAUGCCAGAGUAUUCAUAACAAAAUCCGCAUUAGCUACUUUCUCCACAUCACAAGUCAAUGCCUUACCUUGACAAGUCGUUGCUUUGCAUUUUUGAGUUCUAUUAUUUGUUUGACCUGGACCAGAAUUGUUGGAGUGAUUAUUGCCUUCUGAACUGCCUGAGCUUAAGCACGCCAUCUUCUCCUUUUCUGUUCCUCAGUGAGUAAGCCAUGUUUCAGCCUUAAAGAGAACUUAUUUUCCUGAAAAUGUUGGGGGCAUUCUGAGGUCGCAUCUGAUAUGGAGGUAUUGUAGCCGGAUUCAGAAUCCAUGAAAUCAUUGACGGUGGUAUAUAAAGCAUCAAGGAAAAGUCUUUAUCAUGAAAAUCAGGUGGAUUUAUUUC